AUGGGAGAAUACUGGAAGUCAGAGCAGCACGCUACGGCCAACGGAUGUGAGGUGAACAGUCAAGAAUGGGGCUUCUGUCUAGAAAGGAGUGAUUCUACAGCAGCUACAACUCCAGGCAUGAAAAACACCAAACCAAAGAUUCCUCAGAAGGCAUCACAUGAGCCGAAUGAGAUUAAGAAACAAUAUUCAGUUGAUGAAAUUCUUGACAAGGCAGAGGAGCUAAUCAAUGCCUUCCAGUAUUCUGUGGCUCAGAAAUUCUGUGAGAGGGCUCUUGAGAUGUCUCCAGACAACCUGAGAGCAUUGGAAUGUACUGCAAGUCUUCUGCUGGAGGUUGGUGACCCAGAAGGUGCUAAGAAGUGCUUGGGUCGAGCCAUCACUUUAGAUCCAGAAAAAGGCCAUUCCAAGUAUCUAUCCAUGGGACAGCUACUUGAUGGAGAGGAGAGCCUCCAAUGCUAUUUGAAAGGAAUUGAACUUAUUUCCAAGCAUCUUGAAGAACAGGCUUCUGCAUCAGGAGGGGAGGAUACAAAGUCCUUGAGGCGAGAAGUAUCUAAUGCAUAUAUAUCAUGUGCAGAGACCUACAUGACAGACCUGUGUUUUGCUGAUGAUGCAGAAUUAAAAUGUGCUGACUUCAUAGAGAAGGCCAUUCAGGCUGAUGACCAGAACCCUGAGGCUUUCCAAUGCCAGGCAAAUUUCCUGUUGGUGAAAGAAGAUGUCCAGGGGGCCAAGAAAGUUAUGGAAAGGAGUUUGGAAUUGUGGCUUCCAUCCUACAUGUCUGCCAGAGAAGGUGAGACUGUAGAGGACCCUGUUCUACUCUGUCCUCUAUCCUACCAGUCCCGUCUCACCACUUCCAAGCUCCUCAUUGAACUCAGCUUGUGGAAUCAAGCUUCUGAGAUCCUAGAUGGAUUGCUCGAAGAAAAUGAUGAGGUGAUUGACCCAUGGUAUCUCCAUGGAUGGUUGAACUAUCUACGAGGAGAGGAGUUUCACAGCAAUGCAAGAUUCUAUCUUCAUCAGGCUAUUCAGGUUCACAAGAAAACAGGAUCAGAUGACAGUGAAAUGGUUCAGCAUACUGAAGAUUUAUUGAAAGAGCUUGGAGGGCCACCAGACUCUGAUGAUGAGGUCAUCGAACCCAUGGAGGAUUUGGAACUGAAAAGUGAAAGUGAUGAAGAACCUUGGAAGCUGAAGGGAGUAGCAGUGAACAGUGGAAACCCAUUGACUGUCCACCACUUUCUGUAUUUGCUAUACUUGCUGGGUUCUACUUCCACUGGCUCUGUCUUCAGAGACCGCCUUUCCCUGCAAACGCUUCACAAUGUCCAGGACUUUCCCAAUUCAACAUAUUGCUCAACACUGGUGACCCAUGGAGAAUCCAUCAAGAGGACAAUACAGGUGGUGAAUCUUGAUCCAGCUGCUGAAAAUUUCUCAUACAGUCCCCUGAUUGAUGUACGAGAAUUGAUUCAGGUGGAUGAUGUCAUGGAAGACCCAGAACUGCACUUUGGACCCAAUGGGGGCUUGAUCUUCUGCCUUGAGUACCUCCUGGAAAAUCAAGAAUGGUUGCAAGAAGCCCUGGGGGAAGAUGAGGAUGACUACAUCCUUUUUGACUGCCCUGGACAAAUAGAAUUGUACACUCACAUGACUGUCAUGAGGCGUCUCAUCUCAUUAGUAUGUGCAGUGUUUUUGAUGGAUUCAAACUUCAUGAUUGAAGGAAGUAAGUUUAUCUCUGGCACAUUGACAGCAUUGAGUGUCAUGGUAAACCUUGAGGUUCCUCAUGUCAACAUCCUCUCUAAAAUGGAUCUUCUUACAACAGGAGCUAAGAAGCAGAUUGCCAAGUUUUUGGAACCAGAUGUGCAACAAUUGCUGACAGGAAGUCAAGAGUUAGCAUGGGAUGAAAAGCAUCACCAACUAACUGAAGCACUUGGACACCUCAUAGAAGACUACAGUCUUGUACAAUUUGUGCCACUUGACAUCACUGAUGAAGAUAGUGUCAUGGAUGUGCUGACCACUAUUGACAAUACAAUUCAGUAUGGUGAGGACCUGGAAUUGGGCCAGUGUGGCAACCAGAUUGGCUUUGAGUUCUGGAAGAAACUCUGUGCAGAACAUGGCAUCAACAAGGAGGGGAUCCUUGAAGAAUUUGCCACUGAAGGUGUUGAUCGCAAAGAUGUCUUCUUUUAUCAGGCUGAUGAUGAACACUACAUCCCACGAUCUGUUCUCCUGGACCUGGAGCCUCGGCUGUACAACCCAGAAAAUAUCUACCUCUCAAAGCAUGGUGGGGGAGCAGGAAACAACUGGGCUUCUGGAUAUUCCCAGGGGACAAAGCUUAGUGAAGAAGUGUUUGAUAUAAUAGAUCGAGAAGCAGAGAGCAGUGAUUCCCUUGAGGGUUUUGUCCUCUGCCAUUCAAUAGCUGGAGGAACUGGAUCAGGCCUAGGCUCAUUUCUGCUUGAACGGCUCAAUGAUCGCUUUCCCAAGAAGUUAGUCCAAACCUACUCGGUGUUUCCCAAUCAGAAGGAGACCAGCGAUGUUGUGGUUCAGCCCUACAACUCCCUGUUAACCCUGAAGCGGUUGACUCAACAUGCAGAUUGUGUGGUUAUUCUUGACAACACUGCCCUGGAUCGCAUUGCAGUAGAUAGACUCCACAUUCAAAAUCCCUCCUUUGCACAGAUCAAUAACCUUGUGUCAACCAUCAUGUCAGCCAGCACUGCCACUCUCAGGUAUCCAUCAUACAUGAAUAAUGACUUGAUUGGGCUCAUUGCUCCCUUGAUUCCCACCCCAAAGCUCCAUUUUUUGAUGACUGGAUACACACCUCUUACAGCAGAAAAUGAGAUGAAAAAUGAAAUUGAUUUGCAGAGGGUGGCAGUCCAGAAGACCACAGUACUGGAUGUGAUGCGUCGCUUACUUCAGCCCAAGAACAUGAUGGUCUCAACUGGCUCUGGUGACAGGAACAUAAGCCAUGUCUACAUUGCCAUCCUCAAUAUCAUUCAGGCAGAUGAUGUUGAUCCAAGACAAGUGUACAAAAGCUUGCAACGAAUUCGAGAAAGGAAGCUUGCCCAGUUCAUCACAUGGGGUCCAGCAUCAGUCCAGGUUGCUCUCAGUCGCAAAUCCCCAUACAUUCAGACUGCUCAUCGUCUGUUCCAGUCCGGCUUGAUCCAGUUUGACAAACUUCGUAAGCGUGAAGCUUUCCUUGAGCCUUUCAAGAAGGAGCCCAUGUUCAAAGAUAGCCUGGAAGAGCUGGACAAUUCCCGGGAGGUCGUCCAGGAGCUCGUUGAUGAGUACGUUGCUGCCACUCGUGAUGACUAUUUCACAUGGAAGCCCAAGGGCUCAGAGAAAGUGGCUUGAAAUUGGAUAUGGAAGAGGAACAAAUACUGCUCAUGAUGCUCUAGUCAAGGACAACGUUUGGGCAUUCAGCCAUCUCAAUUAUUUCAACCUGUUGGAUUCUUCAGAACCUAUUUGUGUUUGAUCACACAGUUGAUCUCGGACGUGAGAUCUUAUCGUCUGAAUAUCGGGGAAGAUUUUCUUCAAAAUAAAAGAACAGUG